CCCUCACCGAAGCCCAGGACGUCGAGACCCCCAGAACGCAAAUAAUCUAUCACAUUGCUUCACGUAGUUGCAGAAUUCGUGCACUUCGAUGCAGCGCUGCAGAAGUUGACAGAUGGGAUUGAGGGCACAACCGCCAGUUCUUAGGCACCUUGCUUCAUGGCUUCGCAAUGGGCAGGUCAGGUGUCAAAAGCCUGCAGGUCAUGUCCAAUUUUGUGGCGUUGCCGGGAUAUCGACUCAUGAAGCUGCAGCUGAAUCUACAGAAAACAAGGGGCUCCUCGUUCGGGACUACAUUCAUUCUGCCUUAUAUGAACCCCACAAGGGGUACUUUGCUGCUAAAUCUAAUGCAGUUGGCGCCAUAGCAGAGCCAAUCAGGUUCGAUCGCAUCCCAGGACGGGCUGCUUACAACGAGUAUUUGAGUAAGUUGUACAAGCAGCAUGACAUAGCAUGGUUUACACCAGUGGAAGUUUUCCAGCCAUGGUAUGGUUAUGCGGUUGCUGAGUAUAUUCUGCGUACUAUGGAUCCCUCAGCUCCGCUCAAGAUAUAUGAAGUUGGGGGAGGGACUGGAACCUGUGCGAACAACAUACUCACUUAUUUCAAACUUAGGGCGCCUAAUGUCUACAAAAGUAUGACCUACACAUCAGUGGAGAUUAGUGCUGCAUUAGCCAAAAAGCAGAAAGCCCGAGUGGAAACCGUAAUAAGCCACAGAGGUCAUUUCAUGGUUAAUUGCGGAAGUGCCAGUGAUGCACGGACCUGGGGGACGGUGAAUGCUAGUCCUUGUUAUAUAAUAAUGUUCGAGGUGUUGGACAACCUCCCUCACGACCUGGUUUACAGGGAGACACCCAAGUCCCCUUGGUUAGAAACAUGGGUUGUACAGGACCAGACUAGCAAAAAUUAUGUAGAGGAGCGGCGGCCUCUUCAAGAUCCUCUUAUCAAACGAUGCCUUGAUGUGACAACUGCAGUUUCUGGAACCUCAUCUCUAGUGGCAUCUGCAAAAUCUUCAUUAUCCAGAUUGCUUCAUUUGGCUGAGCUCUCAUGGAUACCCACUGGAUGCCUGCAAUUACUAGAAACUCUUCACAGGAUGCGCCCCAACAUGGCUCUCAUAACUUCCGAUUUUAGCAGUCUGCCUGACGUCACUAUCUCUGGAGCACGUGCACCUAUUGUGGCCAGCAAGGAAAAUGGAGAGACCAAGGACCAUUCUACUUACCUGGAGGCUAUGGGAAACGCCGACAUUUUUUUUCCAACAGAUUUUCAACUGUUGGAACGCUUGGAUCAUUAUUCUGCAACUUUGUUCGCGAAGACGGAAACGAGCGAACGCAUUUCAACGGUGGUCACGUCUGCUGAGUUCAUGGAGCAGUGCGCUCAAGUGGACAAGACCAAAACAUUGGAUGGGUUCAACCCUCUUUUGGAAGACUAUAGCAACACCAAGUUCUACAUAAACCUACCAACCUUCUAGAACUUCACUAGAUGACCGGCUUCCCGCGUAAUAGAUGUGCUGUUUGUGUCCGCGUGGUAUUGUAAGCACCUGAAGUUUAGUAGUAACAUCUCUUCCUGGUAACGCAUGCUAAAUAGAAGCUUAUUCAUGGAUGUGGACUCUUGAAGCAUUCAUGUUAAACACACAUGGGGAUUCGAAUGUUCAGAGACGAGUGUAGAGGUUAUUUCCACCGUAAAAAAAGUUAUGGGUCACCAAUUAAUGAACAAGAAAAUAGAUUAUAUUUUCAUGAUGUCCCUCAUGGCUCUAUCGAUUCUGCUCAAACUGCAGAACGAAUACGUAUUGUUUUGUGCAACACGGAUUACAAUAUUUUGUCAAAAGUUCCAUUUUCA